GUGGAGGAUGCGCUYUCCUACCUGGACCAGGUGAAGAUCCGCUUUGGCAGCGACCCUGCCACCUACAACGGCUUCCUGGAGAUCAUGAAGGAGUUCAAGAGCCAGAGCAUCGACACACCUGGAGUCAUCCGCCGYGUUUCUCAGCUUUUCCAUGAGCAUCCCGACCUCAUUGUAGGAUUCAAUGCAUUUCUUCCUCUGGGCUACAGGAUAGAAAUCCCAAAGAACGGGAAAUUAAGUAUACAGUCACCUCUGAAUAGUCAGGUGCCCCCAGAACCCGUUCCCAGUGCCCUCCCUGGCAGUGGGCUGGUCUUGCACUACUCCCAGGAGAACUCCCACAACCACAGCGACUGCUCCGAGGAGUUCCGGCAGCAGCUUCCCUACAAAGAAGACAAAUCCCAAAUUCCCUUGGAAUCCGAUUCCGUGGAGUUCAAUAAUGCCAUCAGUUAYGUGAAUAAGAUCAAAACACGUUUCCUUGACCAUCCAGAGAUUUACAGAUCCUUUUUAGAAAUUCUUCACACCUACCAGAAAGAACAGCUGAACACCAAGGGCCGACCCUUCCGGGGCAUGUCAGAGGAAGAAGUGUUCACUGAAGUGGCCAAUCUGUUCCGGGGACAGGAGGAUCUGCUCUCAGAGUUUGGACAGUUCCUCCCAGAGGCAAAAAGGUCUUUGUUCACAGGAAAUGGACCAUGUGAAGUGAACAGUGUCCAGAAAACUGAGCAUGAGAAGAAUCUGGAGCACAGCAAGAAGCGAUCCAGGCCGCUGCUGCUGCGUCCUGUUUCUGGCCCAGCAAAGAAGAAAAUGAAGCUGCGAGGUACCAAAGAUCUGUCAGWGGCGACAGUGGGGAAAUAUGGGACGCUGCAAGAAUUUUCCUUCUUUGACAAGGUGCGCAGGGUGCUCAAGAGUCAGGAGGUUUAUGAAAAUUUUCUCCGUUGCAUCGCUCUCUUCAACCAGGAGUUGGUCUCUGGCUCUGAGUUGCUCCAGCUUGUUACACCCUUUUUAGGGAAAUUCCCAGAACUCUUUGCACAGUUCAAGUCCUUCCUUGGUGUGAAAGAGCUUUCCUUUGCUUCUCCUCUGAGYGACCGCUCCGGGGAUGGAAUGAGCCGGGAAAUCGAUUACGCAUCCUGCAAACGCAUCGGAUCCAGUUACCGGGCUCUCCCCAAAACCUACCAGCAGCCAAAGUGCAGUGGCAGAACAGCCAUUUGCAAGGAGGUUUUAAAUGAUACCUGGGUUUCAUUUCCAUCCUGGUCUGAAGACUCCACUUUUGUCAGCUCCAAGAAGACCCCGUAUGAGGAGCAGCUGCACCGCUGCGAGGACGAGCGCUUCGAGCUGGAYGUUGUCCUGGAGACCAAUUUAGCCACAAUCCGUGUGCUGGAGAGUGUGCAGAAGAAACUGUCCCGCCUGACCCAGGARGAUCAGGAGAAAUUUCGCCUGGAUGAUUGUUUGGGAGGGACAUCAGAGGUGAUCCAGCGCMGGGCCAUCUAUCGCAUCUACGGUGACAAAGCACCAGAGAUCAUCGAGAGUCUGAAGAAAAACCCRGUUACUGCUGUCCCCGUGGUGCUUAAGAGAUUGAAAGCAAAAGAGGAGGAAUGGAGGGAGGCUCAGCAGGGCUUCAACAAGAUUUGGAGGGAGCAGUAUGAGAAGGCCUAUUUGAAAUCCCUGGACCACCAGGCUGUCAACUUCAAGCAGAAUGACACCAAAGCUCUGCGCUCCAAGAGCUUGCUGAAUGAAAUUGAGAGUGUUUAUGAUGAGCAUCAGGAGCAGCAUUCGGAGGGGAGGAGUUCAUCCACAAACGAGCCUCACCUUAUCUUCAUCUACGAAGAUAAGCAGAUUUUGGAAGACGCAGCCUCUCUUAUCAGYUAUUACGUGAAGAGGCAGCCAACCAUCCAAAAGGAGGAUCAGGCAACCAUCAGGCAGAUUGUGCAUCACUUCAUACCUGAGCUGUUCUUCUCUCAGCCACCCGAGCACAACAUUUCUGAGGAAUCAACAGAUGAGGACAGAGAAAACCACCAGGGGCAGAACCUGGAUACUCCCGAGCUGCGGAAAAAACACGUGCCUGGGCCUCCGAGCAGUCCUUUGGAGACCAAAGCAACCUUCUGUGAUGUCACAGCUGCUGAGCCCCACAACACCCUGGAUGAUGUUUACAGCCUCUUCUUUGUCAAUAACAAUUGGUAUUUCUUCCUGCGCCUUCACCAGACUCUGUGCUCCAGGCUCCUCAAGAUUUAUCGCCAAGCCCAGAAGCAGCUGCUGGAAUAUCGGACUGAAAAAGAGCGAGAGAAGCUCCUCUGUGAAGGGAGGAAAGAAAAAACCAAUGAUCCGGCCAUGGAGCUCAGACUGAAGCAACCAAGUGAGGUGGAGCUGGAGGAGUACUACCCAGCCUUCCUGGACAUGGUGAGGAGCCUGCUGGAUGGCAACAUYGACCCCACGCAGUACGAGGACACCCUGCGAGAGAUGUUCACCAUCCACGCCUACAUCGGCUUCACCAUGGACAAGCUGGUGCAGAACAUCGUGCGCCAGCUUCACCAUCUAGUGAGCGAUGACAUCUGCUUGAAGGUGGUUGAGCUCUACCUGAACGAGAGGAAACGAGGAGCUGCUGGGGGGAAUUUAUCAUCCCGCUGUGUCCGGGCUGCCAAGGAGACCAGCUACCAGUGGAAGGCUGAACGGUGCAUGGCAGAUGAGAACUGCUUCAAGGUCAUGUUUCUUCAGAGGAAAGGACAGGUGAUCAUGACCAUUGAGCUGCUGGAUACAGAGGAAACCCAGACAGAAGAUCCUGUGGAGGUCCAGCACCUGGCAAACUACAUGGAGCAGUACGUUGGGGUGGAAGGAGCUCCCAACAACCAGAACGAUGGCUUCCUGCUGAAACCAGUCUUUCUGCAAAGGAACCUGAAGAAGUUUCGCAAGUGGCAGUGCAAGCAGGUGAGGGCCCUGCGCAGCGAGGUCAAGAGCUCCUGGAAGCGCCUGAUCGGGGUGGAGAGCGCCUGCAAUGUCGACUGCCGCUUCAAGCUCAACACCCACAAGAUGAUGUUCAUCAUGAACUCCGAGGAYUACAUGUACAGGAGGGGAGCUCUCUGCAGAGCCAAGCAGGUCCAGCCCAUGGUGCUGCUGAAGCACCACCAGCAGUUCGAGGAGUGGCACAACCGGUGGCUGGAGGAGAACGUGUCCAUGGAGGCCGUGGACCUGGUUCAAGACUGGCUGAUGGGGGACGAGGACGAGGAGAUGGUGCCCUGCAAAACCACGUGUGAGACGGUGAACGUGCACGGGGUGCCGGUGAACAGAUACCGGGUGCAGUACAGCCGCCGUCCCGCGUCACCCUGAGCCCCCAGCCCGGCCUGAGAGCUGCUGGGGAAGCACAUUUCCUAUGAGAAUAGUGGUGGGAAUGCAAUGUAUGUAUUACUGAUAUUUAUCCAAACAGCAUUUUACUUUGGGAUUGUCAUGUAUUUUCCAUAUGGCAUAGACUUGUCUCCUCGCAGUGUAAUCCUCCGGCCAUCCACACUUUUUUUAGUCAUUUCCUGGCUUUAGGCUGCUGCUGACCAGCUCAGUGAGGGGGUGAACCACCACUCGUGGCUUUGGUGGAGAGGUGGAGCUGGGCUGGUGUUUGAGCAGAUGCUGGCAGCUGCUUCCACUUCRAAGGGUUCAGUAUUCCCUACCUUCCUGACUUUGUGCCGUUCUGGAGCCUGCAGAACUCUUCACURUAACCUGGGAGUGGCUGCAGGGCUGAGAGCCCCUGGCACAGCUCGGCAGCUUCCUUAUCCCUGUGGGCCAACAUGGCAACAAAUGAUGCUUGUUCCUGGUGCUCUGGUGACAAAAAUGCCAAAACUGACACGGGCAUGGCCAGCACACUCCAGGCUCUGACUCUCCCUCAUCAACUGAGUGUUCUGGAGCAUGAACUGAGGGGAAGAGCUCUGAGCUGUGGUGCUGGGAGGGGAGUGAUUCCCAGGAUUUCUGAGAUCCCCCAGCUGCAGCAUUGCUUUGGGAUGUGAGGACCGGCUGCAGACUCUGCCUUCUGGAAUAUCCAUGGAGAGAAAUAUCCCUGGGGAGGAGUAUCCACGGAGAGGAAUAUCCCAGGAGAGAAAUAUCCACGGAGAGGAAUAUCCACAGAGAGGAUAUCCACGGAGAGGAUAUUCAUGGAGAAGAUAUCCACUGAGAGGAAUAUCCCUGGAGAGGAAUAUCCACGGAGAGGAAUAUCUCUGGAGAGGAAUAUCCCUGGAGAGGAAUAUCCCUGGAGAGGAUAUCCAUGGAGAGGAAUACCCACGGAGAGGAUAUCCACAGAGAGGAAUAUCCACGGAGAGGAUAUUCAUGGAGAGGAUAUUAAUGGAGAAGAUAUCCCCUGAGAGGAAUAUCCCUGGAGAGGAUAUCCAUGGAGAGGAAUACCCACGGAGAGGAUAUCCACAGAGAGGAAUACCCACGGAGAGGAUAUCCACGGAGAAGAAUAUCCACGGAGAGGAUUAUCCACAGAGAGGAAUAUCCACGGAGAGAAAUACCCAUGGAGAGGAAUAUCCAUCGAGAGGAUAUUCACUGAGAGGAAUMUCUGCAGAGAGGAUAUCCACGAGAGGAAUAUCCAUGAAAAGGAAUACCCAUGCAGAGGAAUAUCCGCGGAGAGGAUAUCCAUUGACAGGAAUACCCAUGGGGAGGAUAUCCAUGGCGAGUCCCGGCGCGGUUUUUGGUUUGUUUUUGCAUGCUGAUGGGCAGCUCCGGAGCAGGAUCCGGSCGUUUCCCGGCGGUUCCGUUCUCUCCCGGCGCUCCGCGGGGCUGCAGCUCAUCGGUGCCAUCGGCAGAUGGAGCUCCGGGAGCGCCGCUGCGAGCUGAGCUCUGCCCCCACGGACUCUCCUGUUUCUGCUGGCUCAGCACAGGCGCYGCGUUCGCGGGGACGCGCGGAAAUCUGCGCGGAGACGCAGCCMCCGCCAUCCUGGACGAGCUUUUCCACUGCAGCAUCUCUACUGCUAUCGAAGCUUUUUUUUGGCCAUGAAACCUAUCACAGCCUGCCCUGAUCUGUGCAGAACAUCUGAUUUCAUCUAGUGAGGAACCAAGGGAAUUUACUCGUGUCUGUCCUGCAGCCCCACUGUGACUUUACCCUGUUUUUUGGGGGCCGAGGGCAAGCACGCUGUCCAUGGAGUGUAUCCCAAACUGAACRUCUUGAGGCAUAGGCAGCCUCCUUUCAGCUUUGCUUCCAACUUUUUCCUGGCUUUUGGGGCAAUAACGUCCCCACCCCAAAACUUUCUGUGGCUUUGGUUUUUAGGUUAUGAUUUCUGCCAGACCUAAGGAGCAGCCUGUAGGAUUUGUCCUGGGUUCUUUCCACUGGAUGACAUUCGGUUUCGCAAUUGUCUCACUUGACAGUAGAAAAAUUGGCCUUUGGGGUACAUUUAAUAGGAAACUGUCCUGAGUCUUUGUCUUUUUUUGCAAAAUAAUCGGUGGGAGGGGAGGAGGGAGGCCACUCUCUGGCAUUUGUGGCCACUUGCACAACCACUGCCAGCAGAGACUUUUCAUCAARAAUCCCUCUCUCCUCCUUGUCUGGGUCUCUGCUCUGUUUUGGUUCCUGAAAUGAUCUGAAGAUUCUUUCCCCUGCUCUCGUUGCAGGGAGUGACCAGAGGCCACGAGGGCUGGGGGGSAGCAGGGGGACAAGCCCAGUGCCAAGCACAGUGUCCCCCUGUCCCCAACAGGCCAGCUCACCAAAACACACCUCAGCCCUGCUCACCUCUCUGCUGUCUCCCAGUGGAGAUGACGGUUGUGCCAAAUUUUAUGGUUUUAUGAUACAGAAAAACUGUUUACUAGAAAAUAGGUGGCGACUUGUGGCUUAAAAUGCUUUUGAUUCCAGGUGUCCCGRGGUGGGCAGCACCCCCGGGCACCGUCCCCUUCCAUCGACCCCUUCUAAGUGUACUUCAGGUAUUUUUAAGCAUCCUUAUUUUGUAAACCUUAAUUUAUAAUCUGAACUGAUUAAGCAAGACUUUAUGCCCUUUGCAGUGCUAUUGUCUCAAAGCUGAGCAGCRAGGGGAUGUGAUGGGAAUAACAGGCAGGGUUGAGAGGGGCUUGUUCAUGUCUGAGGGUUUCAGCUGUGUAUCUGCACGACCUCRAGUCAACAGUUUGUUCUUCCAUUUGUUUGAAGGAUCUUUGCUUUUGGGCUUGUAAUUGCUUUGCCAGCUCCUUGAAUGUAGUUUUUUUUUAUAUUUAUUUGCACAUUCAAGUAAAAUAAAAUGUUGAUUUUAAAAGUC